AUGUCUCAGUCCAAAGGCCUUGUGAUCCUGGCCUACAGUGGUGGUUUGGAUACGUCCUGCAUCCUGGUUUGGCUAAAAGAACAAGGUUAUGAUGUCAUCGCUUACAUGGCCAACAUUGGACAAGAUGAAAACUUUGAAAAGGCGAGAACCAAAGCUCUCUCUUUGGGUGCCAAAAAGGUUUACAUUGAAGACCUCAGCAGGGAAUUUGUAGAAGAGUUUAUCUGGCCAGCUGUCCAAGCUGGAGCUCUCUAUGAAGACCGGUAUCUCCUUGGCACGUCUUUGGCCCGGCCAUGUAUUGCCCGCAAGCAGAUGGAGGUCGCCUUGAGGGAGGGGGCCCAGUUCGUUUCUCAUGGAGCCACAGGCAAGGGCAACGAUCAGAUUCGGUUUGAGCUCACCUACUACGCUCUCUCUCCUCGGAUCAAGAUCAUUGCGCCGUGGAGAAUGCCCGAAUUUUAUACCCGCUUCCGAGGACGCAGCGACCUCAUGCAAUAUGCUAAGGAUCACGGAAUCCCAGUUCCUAGCACACCGUCUAAUCCUUGGAGUAUGGACGAAAACCUUAUGCAUAUCAGCUACGAAGGUGGCAUUUUGGAGAACCCCAAGAACCACCCUCCUCCUGCCAUCUACAAAAAGACCGGAGACCCUGCCACAGCUCCAGAUUUUCCAGAUGUUUUAGAGAUUGAAUUCCAGAAAGGUGUCCCUGUGAAAGUCACAAAUACGAAGGAUGGGGCCGUUUACCAAACCUCCCUGGAACUCUUCACUUACCUGAAUGAAAUUGCGGGCAAGCACGGUGUUGGGCGCAUUGAUAUUGUGGAGAAUCGGUUUAUUGGGAUGAAAUCAAGGGGUAUCUACGAGACUCCGGCGGGAACGAUCCUCCACUAUGCUCAUUUGGACCUUGAGGCCCUCACCAUGGACCGCGAAGUGCGCAACAUCAAGCGAGGGCUGGCCACGAAGUUUGCCGAGUUGGUGUACAACGGCUUCUGGUUCAGCCCCGAAGGCGAAUUCAUCCGUCGUUGCAUCAGCCAUUCCCAAGACCUGGUGGACGGAAAAGUCCAGAUCUCUGUCUUGAAGGGUAACGUCUACAUUUUGGGAAGGGAAUCGCCCCAAUCCUUGUACAAUGAAGAGCUUGUCAGCAUGGAUGUUCAAGGGAGUUACGAACCCUCGGAUGCUACUGGAUUCAUCAACAUCAAUUCCCUUAGGCUGAAAGAAUAUCAUCGGCUCUGCGACAAGGUCAGACCGGCUCAGAAUUAA